ACUUUCCUGUCCCCAACUGGAAAUAAGGAGUGCACCCUACACAGCUGGAAGAGGGCCGCCCUGGACUCAGGGUUGCAUCUCCUACUCCCAGCUUCUGUUAGAGCCAUAGGGUUAAUUACCCAAAACUAGCCUCUGAGAAUUGUUGCUGAAGUUAAGGGAAGUGAAAGUAACUGACUCAGCCCAGCUUAAAGGAAAAGAUCCCUUGCCUGGAGUUCACUGCACUGCAGUAAACUUAAACAUGUCUCUUUAGAACCCAUAGAGAGGACAGUGCACAGAGAGUUUGCAAAUCACAGGGCCCAUUCGUGGUUUCUGGGCACUUGUGCUGUAGCACAGAGUUCUGGCAAUAAACCCUCUAACCAACUGGCCUGCUGAUGUGUGGCCAAAGUACUGUGUGGAAAGAGUGUCAGGAUCCAGGAGCGUGCUGUGUGUGUGCAUAGGAAUGGCUGGCCGGAGUCAGGAGCAGAGUCUGAGGGAAGAGCUGACCUGUGCCAUCUGCUAUGAGCUUUUCAGUGACCCUGUCAUGCUGGAAUGCAUGCACCAUUUCUGCAGGGCAUGCAUCCAAGGCUACUGGGGCAGAUGCCCCCGUGUGGCUUCCUGCCCCCAGUGCCGAAGGGAGUUCUCCAGCCGCACCUUUCGCCCCCACUAUCUGGUAUCUGGGGUGGUGGAGAAGGUGCGGAAGUGCAGCUCAGAGGACCACAAAAGAAAAAUGCAGAAACAUCUUGAAAAUGCGCUGCGAGCUCACCAGAGAGAGAUGGAGAACUUUGUGCAAAUGAAGCACACAGCAGAGGAGGAUAUUUGCAGUCUGACGAAAGUCUCUGGGGAGCUGAACUCUAAGAUUCGGGCAGAAUUUGAGCGACUUCAUCAAAUCCUGGAGGAAAAGGAGAGAGUUGUGUUAAUGGAGCUGGCCAAAGAGGAGGAGCAGUUAUUGUUGAAGCUGCGUGGGGACAUCAUGCAGCUGGAGGAGGGGAUCUCAGAGCUGGGAAAGAACAUGGAGCACAUACAGGAAAUCCUGACCAAGACAGGAGACUCAUUACUGCUGGAGGUGGAGAGCGUGGCUAUCAGGCCCCCGGUGCAUGUGGAGGCACAGCCCGCCCUGGACAUAGAGUGCCACAGAGACCGGUACAGCGGCCCCCUGCAAUACAUCUUCUGGAGACAAAUGCUCCAGUCAAUCCACCCUGCUCCUGCCCCGCUGACAUUUGACCCCGAAUCAGCCCACCCUAACCUCAUCCUCUCCAAAGACCUGACGGCAGUGACUGAGAGCGACAGGCGCCAGCCUGUCUGCAGCAGCCCCAAGCGUUUCCAGCAGUGUGUGAACGUCCUGGGCUCCGAGACCUUUGACAGCGGGAGCCACUACUGGGAGGUCUGGGUGGGCAGCAAGACCAAGUGGGACCUGGGGGUGGCAGCGGAGUCCGUGGACCGGGCAGCCAAGGUCAAGCUGUGCCCUGAGAAUGGUUACUGGGCCCUUCGUCUGAGGAACGGGACGGAGUAUUGGGCCACUGCCACCCCGUGGGUGCGCCUUGCCCCGAGGAGCUGUCUCCGGAAGGUGGGGGUCCUUCUGAGCUGCAAAGAGGGGACGGUGGCGUUCUACAACGCCGAAGACAUGACCCACCUCUUCACCUUCCACCAGGCCGCCGCGCGCAGGUUCUGCCCCUUCUUCAGCACUUGCUUCAGCGACGGCAAGCUAAACGUGGAGCCCAUGAGAAUCUGCCACCUGACUCUGUAAGGGGCGGGGGGGCAGGCAGCCUCCCAGGAAGCCACGCAGAUACCAAAGAGACAACACAGGGCUCUGGGAGCCAAUGUUGCUUUCUGGCUUGGCUGUAGCUGCUGCUGCUUGGACUGUCCCUGGAAUAGGAAUCGCCUGCUAGAACCGCUCAAUUGGCUCCCCCCUGCACUAGUGCCUGGCCAUUUACUGUUUGAGCGAAUGUAGCAAAGGUGUGUGGACUCUGGUCAGUCUAACCUGUCAAUCCCAAGCCUCUAGGGCAGAGUCAAGGAGAGUCUCUCCAUUUGUGGCUUUACCCUGUGGGGAGAGAAGAAGUGACUGAAUCUUA